UUUGGAGAAGACGGUUUUUCAGCUUUAUCACAAUGCCUGUUUAUGGACUAUUUGCUCAUUUUUAUAUUUUCAUAACACUUGGAAAAUUCAUUAGAGCGGACCUGACUGACUUUUCAUGACAAAUCCGUAAUGUACUACUCUCUGAGGAGCGCGUGCACAAUGACACUCUUCUUAAGAAAGAAAAAGAAUGUAAGGACUGCGGUCAGCCUAACUUUGGUUUUUGCCACUUUACUGAUGCUUCAUAAGUUAAUUAGGGUGGACACGAAUUUUAAAGAUACCAAAGUCGACGUGAAACGCAAAUGGUGUGGCCCCACAUGUAAAAGCAGAAAGACAAUUGAAAACUCAUCCAACAUUAACGGCUUGGCGCCGGUGGGAAGGGAAUGGCUUGGUGAAUGUGGGGUGGAUAAUGUUAAGUGUAUUGGAAGUUAGGAGUUUUAGUUGUAAUGCUGGUUUCGUCGUUUGAGCCCAAGAUUUCACGAAUUUGUCCUGCACAGACAUUGCAGAUACUUCCCAAUGUUGCUGAAUCACCCUGAGAAGUGUAGCGGUGACGUGGAUGUUCUGGUCGUGGUCAAAUCGGUUAUUGAAGAACAUGACCGGCGAGAAGCCGUGCGACAGACCUGGGGAAAGGAGCAAGAAAUCCAGGGCUUGAAAAUCAAAACACUAUUUCUAUUAGGCACUCCAGCCACUGGCAAAGACACACGAAAUUUGCAAGCCCUGGUCCAAUAUGAAGACCGAACCUACGGGGACAUCUUACAGUGGGACUUUAUUGACACUUUCUUCAACCUCACCUUAAAGGAGGUGAACUUUCUGAGAUGGUUCAGCAUCUACUGCAGAGUUCCCUUCGUCUUCAAAGGGGACGAUGACGUUUUUGUCCAGACCAAGAACUUGGUGGAACUAAUUGGUUUUCGGGUGGAGGAGAACAAGGUGGAAAACCUCAUUGUAGGAGACACCAUUUUAGAAGCCAAACCGAUCAGAAACCGCCAGAGUAAAUAUUUCAUUCCCAAAGAGUUGUAUGAUAAACGCUAUCCACCUUAUUUGGGUGGGGGAGGAUUUCUCAUGUCCUCUCAGGUGGCCCGCAGGCUCUUUGCGGUUUCUGAGAGCGUGGAGCUUUACCCCAUUGAUGAUGUGUUUUUGGGCAUGUGUCUUCAGAAGUUGAAGAUCGUCCCCGAGCUGCAUCUGGGCUUCAGGACAUUUGGGAUCAUUAAGCGUAAAGUGACUCCUCUGAACCGGGAGCCGUGCUUCUUUCGCAGCCUCAUCGUGGUGCACAAACUCGUUCCGCAGGAGCUGCUGCAAAUGUGGAAGCUUGUUAAAAAUGAGGACUUGAACUGCGCCAGACAAGUCGUAAUAUGAAAAGAUGCGUAUUUAUAAAGACACUGAGAAGAUAUUUUUUCAAAUGAAGCGUUUUUGUAAUUUUCAUCAUCAUCUUUUUUUUUUUUUUUUUUUUUGUAAGGAAGGAGGAUGACUACUUGUGUUAUCAACUGUCAGAUGUAGGCUAAUAAAUCACAAGUCUUUCAGUUAUAGUCUUAUAGGCUAAUGCAGGGAACAACUACAUCCCAAAUCGAUAAAUAUUUGUCUAAUAUUUUUUGCCUACCCGGGGCUGGCACAAUGUUUCCUCCAGUGAAUAAUUAGCCCUUUUUAAACACAUACCUUAAAGACUUGGCUAAAAAUGUGAAACCCACAGAAAAAAAGAAUAAAUAAAUGGAAAAAGAUGCAUAUUAUAUUGUGGACCUUUGUGACAACUUGCCCCAAUAGCGGAAUAUUUUAUGACUACAAGCACGAAACAAUUCACCAAACAACAAUAGGCUAAUGUAAAAGGUAAGACACAAAUAUGGAACACCUGAUAAAAUUAAUAAAUUGAACAGAAGAAAAACGGAAAUAAUUCACACGAUGUUUAGAAUUUAAGGUGUUUAGUGUAACACUUGUGUAAUUUGACUUUUGACCAAAACAAAACCCCUUGAGCUAAUCUAAUAAGAAACAUACAUAUAAAAUGUACUUUUAUGCCAAUUAUGAUGCACCAAAUACAAGACAUUCAAUAAAUACUACAAGAAAUUCACUAGAAGAAAUUUCCUAAUGACUCUUAGAAUGGAGAUUGUAGCUUCCAAG